CUCUGAUUGAAAAAAUUACUAGCGAAAUCCAAUUUCCGCGAAAACUAAAUCCUUUUUCCUUACAUUCAUUUUCCAAAUCUCGAUUUGGAUCCAAUCAAAAUAACUUUCACUAUCUCAGGCCACUAGAUACGAUGAUCUCGACGACGUCGUAAGCUUAGCAUCCUCCGGUGUUUCUCUCGAUUCCAAGGACUCCCUUGGCCGUACAGUGGAUUUAGGUUUCAAUAAUGAUGGAGAGGGCUGAUUCUAGUAAAAAGCUAUAUUCGCGUCUGCGUCUAUGGGAGUUUCCGGAUCAGUAUAUUGUUGAGCCCACUGAUGGCUCUUGUGGUUCCUCCUUGGUCAUCAGUCGGAAGGACGGCUCAAUGAGUCUGAUUGAUGAGCUUCCAGAAUCCAGCUCUGUUCCUAAAGUUCGGCCAAUUUUUGGUGUUGUUGGGAUGCUAAAGCUCUUGGCAGGUUCGUAUUUAAUAGUUAUAACCGAGCGUGAAUGUGUUGGAUCUUACUUGGGGCAUCCUAUCUUUAAAGUUUCAUCCCUGAAGAUUUUUCCCUGUAAUCAUUCUCUUGAAAAUUCCCCUGCAGAGCAGAAAAAGAUGGAGACUGAGUUUUCUGGGCUGCUAAAUAUUGCAGAGAAGACUUCUGGUCUGUACUUCUCAUACGAAACCAAUUUAACACUGAGUGCACAGCGAUUAAAUGAUCUGGGUGAUGAGUCAAAAUUGCUUCCUCUUUGGAGACAAGCAGAACCUCGAUUUCUAUGGAACAACUAUAUGUUGGAAGUGCUCAUAGAUAACAAGCUUGAUCCGUACAUACUACCUGUUGUCCAAGGGAGCUUUAAUAACUUUCAAGCAGCCAUUGGGAAAGAUGUUAUUGAUGUUACUCUGGUUGCGAGGAGAUGUACAAGGAGAAAUGGCACUCGGAUGUGGAGAAGAGGAGCUGAUUCCGAUGGGUAUGUUGCUAAUUUUGUGGAAUCCGAGCAAAUUAUGCAAUUUAAUGGAUUUACAGCAUCAUUUGUUCAGGUUCGGGGGUCAAUUCCAUUGCUUUGGGAGCAAAUUGUAGAUUUGACAUAUAAGCCGAAGUUUCAAAUUGUUAAACUUGAGGAAGCUCCUCAAGUAGUUGAGCGACAUUUUCUGGAUUUAAGAAAAAAAUAUGGGGCUGUUUUUGCUGUUGAUCUUGUCAACAAGCAUGGAGGUGAAGGACGCUUAAGUGAAAAAUAUGCAGGUGCAAUGCAGCAUGUUGUUAGUGAUGAUGUAAGAUAUCUGCACUUCGAUUUUCAUCAUAUUUGCGGGCAUGUUCAUUUUGAGCGCCUCUCAAUCCUUUAUGAGCAAAUUUCAGAUUUCAUUGAGAGAAACGGGUACCUUUUGUUGAAUGAAAAGGGUGAGAAAAUGAAGGAGCAACUUGGAGUUGUGCGGACAAAUUGUAUUGAUUGCUUAGACCGUACGAAUGUUACCCAGAGCAUGAUAGGCCGGAAAAUGUUGGAGUUCCAACUUAGAAGGCUUGGUGUUUUUGGUGCUGAAGAAACUAUCAGCUCACAUCCAAAGUUUGAUGAUAGCUUUAAAGUCUUGUGGGCUAAUCAUGGGGAUGACAUAAGCCUUCAAUAUUCUGGCACUGGUGCUUUGAAAGGAGAUUUUGUCAGAUAUGGCCAGCGGACAAUCCAAGGGAUCCUUAAGGAUGGAUGGAAUGCCCUUGCACGCUAUUAUUUGAAUAACUUUUGUGAUGGAACAAAACAGGACGCAAUUGAUCUCCUUCAAGGGCAUUAUAUUGUUUCUGUCGGCCGAGAUAUGACUACCCCAUCUCAAAAAGGAGGAGGCCUUGAGGCUGUAGCUUCCUUUCCACUGGCUUUAUCACUGGUUUUGACUGGGUUCUUUUUCGCAACUAUGUCAUUGAGGCAAGGUCAAUACGAUCUUCGGCACUUUUUCUUUUCGUUUAUGUGGGCAGGCUUGAGUGUAGCUUUAGCGGCAUUUGUGAGGGCCAAUGGCAGGAUUUUCUGCAACCGUCCUCGUCUGCACAAGCCUCGUUGAUUCUGGGUCUGACUGAUUCCAAUUUUGUGUGAAAUUUUAAUCUUUCUGCUAACUAAUAUUUAUUCAUUCACACGAUUUUGUAGUUAAGUGUAGCUACGAAUUCCUGGUUGGUUAUAUCUGUAAGUUUUUGGGAUAUAAUUUAAGCAAUUGUUGUAUUC